AUGUUUCUCCUUGCAACUGCCCUAUCGGGAAACGCUGCUGUUCUUUUUUCUCCCGAAACUACCGAUCCUGACCUUAUAACUGCUCUCUUAAAUGCCCCAACUGCAGUUGACCGCAUUAAACUUAUACAAAAUGACUCGGACUUCGUGUAUGACUUUCAGAAGCCCCCCUCCCAGGAUGCCAUUAGGACAGGUAAAGGCGGACAUACUGUUAGAGCUGACCGCAAGCUCUUCCCACCAUUGAUUGGAACUGGCGUUGCGAUGACUGUUGGCUUCCUUGGGCCAUGUGGCUUCAACACCCCACACGUUCACCCAAGGGCUAGUGAAAUCAAUAUUGUUGUUAAAGGCGCCUUGAACGCUGAAUUCAUUCUUGAAAAUGGCGCUCGCCCUAUACGCACGAACCUUACUUCCCCGUUCCAAAUGACAGUCUUUCCUAAGGGUGCGGUGCAUAUGGAAUUCAACCCAACCUGCAACGAUGCUGUCUUCAUUGCCGGAUUCGGUGAUGAGGAUCCAGGUGUUCAGCAAUCAGCUCAAACAUUCUUCGGGCUUCAAACAGAUGUUGUUGCGGCGACUUUGGGAAAAGGAGAUAUAACUAUUGACGGCAAGGAUAUUGACACAUUUCGAUCGCUGAUUCCGGCAAAUGUUGCACUAGGUGUAGACGAAUGCCUCAAAGCUUGCGAGAUCAACAGGAAUGCAAGGAUGAGGCUCUUGAAGCAGACAUGGUAG